GCAGCAUGAAGCAGGGCUGGGGACCUGGGCUGCUCUUCCUGGGAGCGCUGGUCUUCCUAGAGGGUCUCCAAGCGGCUCAGCGUGCUUGUGGGCAGCGGGGACCGGGUCCCCCCGAGCCUCAGGAGGGCAACACAGUACCUGGAGAAUGGCCCUGGCAGGCCAGCGUGCGGCGGCAGGGAGUCCACAUCUGCAGUGGCUCUCUGGUGGCUGACACCUGGGUCCUCACUGCUGCCCACUGCUUUGAAAAGGCAGCAGCGACAGAACUGAGUUCAUGGUCCGUUGUCCUGGGUUCUUUGCAGCGUGAGGGGCUGAGCGAAGGGGCUGAGGAGGUGGGAGUAGCCGCCCUGCAGUUGCCCCGGGCCUUCAACCACUACAGCCAGGGCUCAGACCUGGCUCUGCUCCGGCUUGCCCACCCCACCACCCGCACGCCCCUCUGCUUACCCCGGCCUGCCCAUCGCUUCCCCUUUGGAGCCUCUUGUUGGGCUACUGGUUGGGAUCAAGACACCAGUGAUGCUCCCAGGAACCUCCGGAACCUGCGCCUGCGUCUAAUCAGCCGUCCCACAUGUAACUGUCUCUACAACCGGCUGCACCAGCGUCUGCUGGCCAGCCCAGCCCGGCCCGGGAUGCUGUGUGGGGGUGCCCAGCCUGGGGUGCAGGGACCAUGCCAGGGAGAUUCUGGGGGCCCCGUGUUGUGCCAAGAGCCCGACGGACACUGGGUUCAGGCUGGGAUCAUCAGCUUUGCGUCCAAGUGUGCCCAGGAAGACACUCCUGUGCUGCUGACCAACACGGCCGCUCACAGCUCCUGGCUGCAGGCACGAGCUCCGGGAGCAGCCUUUCUGGCCCAGAACCCAGGGACUCCGGAGACCAGUGAUGAGGACAGCUGUGUAGCCUGCGGAUCCCUGAGGAGAGACGGUCCCCAGCCUGGAGCCCCUUCUCCAUGGCCCUGGGAUGCGAGGCUGAAGCACCAGGGGAAGCUGGCCUGCGGUGGCGCCUUAGUAUCGGAGGAGGUGGUGCUGACGGCUGCCCACUGCUUCAUCGGGCGCCAGACCCUGGAAGAGUGGAGCGUGGGGCUGGGCACUGAACCACAGGAGCGGGGCCUGAAGCAGCUCACCCUGCAUGGCGCCUACACACACCCAGAAGGGGGCUACGAUGUGGCCCUCUUGUUGCUGGCCCAGCCUGUGGUACUGGGUCCCAGUCUGCGACCCCUUUGCCUGCCCUACACUGACCACUGCCUGCCUGAUGGGGAACAUGGCUGGGUCCUGGGGUUGGCCCAUGGAGCAGGCAUGAGCUCUUUACAGACAGUGCCUGUGACCCUCCUGGGGCCGAGGGCCUGUGGCCGACUACAUGCAGCUCCUGGGGGUGACGGCACCCCCAUUUUGCCAGGGAUGGUGUGCACCAGCAUCGUGGGAGAGCUGCCCCACUGUGAGGGCCUAUCAGGGGCACCGCUGGUGCGUGAGGUGAGGGGCACAUGGUUCUUGGCUGGGCUACACAGUUUUGGAGAUGCCUGCCAAGGCCCCAUAAGGCCUGCUGUCUUCACUGCACUGCCUGCCUAUGAGGACUGGGUCAGCAAUUUAGACUGGCAAGUCUACUUUGCUGAGGAGCCGGAGCCGGAGCUGGAGCCCGAGGAGGAGGCACCAGAGCUCGAGGUGGAGGCUGGAAGCUGCCUAGCCAAUGCACGCCAGCCGGCCAGCUGUUGACAAGUGACUCUCGAGGCUGUUCACGGGAUGUGGGAAAAGUGAGACAACUCCCACGUGAACGUGCCUGCCCCUCCCUGGGCCCCCAAGUGUGCUCCAGGCCCUGGGGCAGGCCCAGCAGCACACAGGGCUGUGGGGAGGAGCCCAGAGAACCAGCAGUUGCCCAGUCCCUGCCCUACAGGACAAGAACGUCACUUGCGGAUGCGCCCACACAGCUCUGCGCUCCAAUGCACAUGUCCCCUGCUGUCCCAACCCUUCAUUCCUCAGACCCAAUCACACCAGCCACCUGU